CGACAUCUCAUUCUUGGGAUUCCUCCUGCCGAGCAGCUGAAUCCAAUUGAUAUCUGAUUAUCGAGAUUUUGCUUUCUCUUUUGUUCGUUCAUUUCUCCGUCACUUUGUCGACAAGUCGAUUAGGAAAGAUUACAACCAACCUACCACCUACGUACGAGGUACGUGUCGACUUGUCCAAGCCAACAAGCAAGCGCCACAGCAUCCCUAGCGUUGACUAGUCCAAAACAAAAGUCGAUACAUAUUUCUUCUGCUGUUCUCAAAGCUCUGUUCUGAAUGGCCGACUGAGACAUUCCUUCCCGGGCGCCCGCGUCUUCCCUGCGGUAAAAGAAGAAGCAAAUCUUAGAUCUGCAGCAGACGUCAGUUUCGUAUGGUGGACCCGUCAGAAACGGUACCUAUACUUAACUGUUGGGCCUGUGUGCCGUUUGCUGCCAUUGUCACGUCUCACAAUGACGGACUCACCGCACGUCGGGCAGUCCUACCCGCGAGAUCGGUCGUCACGUCACUCCCUCCCAUUCGGCUCCUCAAAUCCUACCGUCGCCCAGCUACACCAUGCUUCUUCCCGAUCGAGCAACAGCACUUCAAACAGUCGUUUCGCAUCUCACAGCAAUAACAGCUCGUCCAGCAACCUCCAGAUUCCGCACUCACCCCAAAAGACUCAAAACUACCCCAGAUUAAAGCAUUCGAGCCGCGCCUCUCUGGGCAGCGACCGACCGACAUCUUCUCGUAUGUCGAGAACCCCGAACCCCGACGACCUGAGACAAAAUACGCCAGCCAUAUCCAGCUACUUGCAGGAGAGGUUGCGACAAGAGAGGAGGUCAGAAACCCUGCGGUCGGGUUCCAGUCGCGCCGGUAGCAACGACACGAUGAGCACCUCUGACAGGCACAUGCAAGCCAUCCAGAGCUCUCCAGUUCGUGCUUCGACCUCCGAUGGACCCCGACCGCGCUCGAGCAGCGGCCAUGAUGCGGCGAGAAGGAAGGCGGUGGGCCUCCGGGCUUCGGAGCUGAAGCUCGAGAGUGUACUCAAUGAAAACUUUGACCUGAAGUUCGAAUUGUCUAAACGUCGCGAAUUGAUGCCGAAACUCGAGGCUGAAGUGGCCGGUCUAAAAUCCACAGUUGACAAAUUGCAGUCCACCGUUGGCGAACUGAAAUCUCAGAAGAAAGAGGUGGAGGAGGUUAACGAUAAGCUCGUUCAAGAGUUGGAGAAGCGAGACGAUGCCAUCCGCGACGCCGUGGCGAUGAUUGUUAGCCUUGAGGCGACGGUCGAAAAGCUUCAAAAGGAACGCGAUAUUAUCAGGUCCCUGAGCGCCGAAACGUACGACCAACUCCCCGAGCCCGAAGACGCUGACGAAGGCGCACUCACCAGGAUGCCGAGCUUUAUAAAUGAUCCCAGCGAGAAGACGGAAAACCUGCGGAAAGCAUAUCUUGCACCACGUGCCAGCACCCUGAGCUUUAAGCGCGCUUCGGAUUCUGCCAUAAACGACGAUGAAGUGCCGGAUCAUAAGUUGAUGUCUACACCCAGUCUGAGUGUUCUUAGCGAAAGCUCCUUUAUCAGUGUUUAUGGACAAAAGCCGUUCUUGAACAGCUCGUCCUCACCUCCAGAGAGGUCCAUGGAGUAUGAGACAACAAGGAAUUCUCUCGCCCAAAAUCCACGGGCCGUUACGCCCACUAGAGAUCGUCGAUCCAGCUCCGGCUCUGCUUCGCGGGGCCCAUCUGGUGCAUUCUCGAUUGGCGAGGUCUCUGAUCACUCCCCGCUGUCAAACCUUCAACGGAGAUUGCAAUAUCAUGACUCGUCGAUGUUAAGCGAUCUAUCGGCCGCUAAUGGCGGUACCCCGGCGAAUCAAAGGAAUGAGUACAGCAGCCAGCAAUUACCAGCAAUGACUUUAGAGCAACAGCAACAGGCUCGUCAGCGCAUGAAGCAAGAGAAAAGAGAGGCAUUGCGAAGGGUCAUGACAGAUGGUCCCAGGGAUUUGGGUGCCGCAUUGCCACCCACUCCAGAUACCAUCUCGACUUCGACUUUGCGACGAUUCAAGAACUCGAAUGACACGCUCUCCCAGCCCGCUACGUCGAUUCAACAACACGACAUUGGCCCCAGUGAUCGUAGCUACUUGGGCGCAACGGAGAGUAUAAACUCUAGGUCAAGUAGCCAGACUACAACGGCAGAAGCAGCGAGCCAGGCCGCUUCAAUGUCUGCCUUCAACGGGAGGAAGGGGUUGGGGAAUUCGCAAAAGAGCCUAUAUACGGAAUCCCAGUCGGCUAUCCCACCGCGUCCCCGCUCCGCAGGCGAGACAACGACGUCCAACGAUAGGAGGGACGAGAACGGGUGGGCGUCGGACAGCUCCGAGGACGAAAAUCUCAACGAUGGCGCGACAGUCUCGACGUAUGACUACUGGAUGCGCGAAGGUCUGAAGCCCAACCGCACUUUCCCUCACAACGCUGCCGUCAACAUAGACAACGGCGCUGAUGUGGGUGGCCGCGUGUCGCCCGACCUUUUCGCCUUCCCUCGUGCAGCAAAUGGUUCUGGUGGCUGGGCUAGCGAAGCCAUGUUUGGCAACCUGGGUGGAUCGGGCUUCCUCGGCACGGGCAUGACGUCUCCCCCAACAUCGCACGCACUUGAUGCCAUAGGCGCAUCGUUGCCUUCCCCUCAGGCGGGCUUUUUCGGUUCUGGUCUCGCAUCUCCUGGGCUCUCGGCUUCUACAACGGUCCCGCCGCCCCCUCGGCGGUCAAGUCUUCAUGCCCGAACCGGAUCUAGCCCUGCCUUGGCUCGCCCUCCGUCCCGCCAGGCCCCUGCCAACGGAAAGCUUCGCAAAUCGCCGGUGCGCAGCAGCAUAUCUCGAAGCAACAGUGUGGAUUAUGGUGUCCAGGCGCCUCCAACCCCGACUCUCACAUCGCCUCCGACUGGCAGUACCCCGGACCCCAGCAAACGCCACUAUCCACCGAUUUCUGGCUCUCAGCAACAGCACGUACGACGCCUGAGCGGUUUGAAUUUGUUUCGUCGCAGCACCGGGGCCGUCGACAAGGAGAGGGAAACCGGUAUAGCCAGUGCGCCCCCAUCCGAGGUUUCCCUGCGUAACGCUUAUCCCCCGCCAAUGUCGCCCAAUUCUGUGGCCGUGGCUGCGAAUGAACACGUAAACAUUGGAGUGCCUUCAUGGGGACGUCGCUCGGAUCUGGCGGAUGAGGGUCAUUCGAGCGCAACGCCACCGCCGAUCAUGCGGAACCCAAAUCAGCGUGGCGGUGGCUCGGCAUCGACCAGGAGGGGUUCUCUGACGCCUGGGCUUGAGGACAUGAUGGAUGAGUAUGGCAGCAGCGGUGCGCCCUUGUCGCCGCAGGUGGCCGUCCCCCCUCAAUCACCAUCGGUGAUGUCUCCGCCUACGAACACCGAGUCGCCAGGUACUGGCGGACGGAAGCGGGGCUGGUUGGGUGGCUUGGGAAGAGUGGGGAGUCUGCGCAACCGUGCUGGCUAGGGGCUUAGCGCUGGGCGUACACAGCACGACAAGCGCAGGAGGUUGAGGAACGUGGUGUCAGACUGGAAGCUGAGAAAGUUUUCUUGACGCGCGGUUUGCACGGGAUAAAAUGCCGGGCAAGGUGGCUCAACAAGUUAAACUAGAGAUCGAUUGAUGCCAGACUGCCAUCAUCAGGCGUUGUGAGAGUGGGUUUACUGGGUAGAUUUGUUUGGAGUAUUUGUGGUUAAGCGUUGUUUGGAUCGAAGCAGGCAAGAUUUUUUCAAGCAUUUGCCUUUUUUUUCUAGUCAUUUCUCCUGUGUCAAAACUUCUUAUUUCUGGGUUUGUUGGGUUUUUCUUUUUUUUUUUGGAAGCGGUGCUGCAGGGAAUUUCUGCAGGAGUCUGGUUUGGGAUUCUUUCUUCCUUUUUUUUUAUUUUUAUUUUUUCUUUUGCAAAGAUGGGGACAACAAGACAUAAAAACUCACGUUUUAUUUAGCCGCCACGCGCUGGACAUGCAGCAUGUUUUGUAUGGAAUUUUGUCUAGGUCUAUUUGACCGGCUAAAAGCAAAAAGGAUGGCGCGGGAUUCGGCAGACAUUUUAGGCUAACUGAAGCUAAGAUCAAUCUCAAGCGUUCAGUGGAAGAAGCCUACAUUGGCUGUGAGUUUAUCCAGAUGCUAG